GUUCACACGUGUCAGCAAAACCUCACACGCGCGAAAAGCCGCGAAGGCUCAACAGAACAGAAGUUGCAGAGCGCGCGCGAGAGAGAGAGAGAGAGCUGAGCAGAAGAAGAGAAGCGAACCUCUGCUUCACGAAAAUGGGGAUAAAGGGUUUAACGAAGCUGCUCGCCGACAAUGCGCCUAAGGCGAUGAAGGAGCACAAAUUCGAGAGCUACUUCGGCCGGAAAAUCGCCAUUGACGCCAGCAUGAGCAUCUAUCAGUUCCUGAUUGUGGUGGGAAGGGUUGGUACGGAUACAUUAACCAAUGAGGCAGGGGAGGUCACAAGUCACUUGCAAGGCAUGUUUACCCGAACGAUCAGGCUUUUGGAGGCUGGAAUAAAGCCGGUUUAUAUCUUCGAUGGUCAACCUCCUGAACUGAAGAAACAAGAACUUGCUAAGCGUUUUUCAAAGAGGGCUGAUGCUACUGAGGAUUUGUCAGAAGCCAGGGAGAUAGGCAAUAAGGAAGAUAUCGAGAAGUUCAGUAAGCGAACAGUCAAAGUGACAAAGCAGCACAAUGAAGAUUGCAAGAGACUUCUAAGGCUCAUGGGAGUGCCUGUAAUUGAGGCUCCUUCUGAAGCAGAGGCACAAUGUGCUGCACUUUGCAAGUCGGGGCAGGUUUAUGCGGUGGCUUCUGAAGACAUGGAUUCUCUCACUUUCGGAGCUCCUAGAUUUCUACGUCACCUCAUGGAUCCAAGCUCCAGAAAAGUACCAGUGAUGGAGUUUGAAAUUUCAAAGAUUCUGGAGGAGCUGAACCUCAUUAUGGACCAAUUCAUUGACCUCUGCAUUCUCUCUGGAUGUGAUUAUUGUGAAAGCAUUCGAGGUAUCGGGGGACAGACCGCUUUGAAGCUUAUUCGUCAACAUGGCUCCAUAGAGAACAUAUUGGAAAACAUUAAUAAGGAGAGAUAUCAAAUACCAGAAAACUGGCCAUACGAACAGGCCCGAGAACUGUUCAAGAAUCCACUAGUCUUCUCUGAGAAAGAGCAUCCAGAGAUAAAAUGGGGUGCUCCUGAUGAAGAGGGGUUGAUCACCUUCUUGGUGAAUGAGAAUGGGUUCAACAUUGAUAGAGUUACAAAGGCAAUAGAAAAGAUCAAGACAGCCAAGAAUAAGUCGUCGCAGGGACGGUUAGAAUCCUUCUUCAAGCCAGUUGCUAACACAUCAACACCCAUUAAAAGAAAGGAAACUUCAGAGAGUGCUAAAGAAACUGCGAUUAAAAAGGCUAAGGCUGCAGGUGGCAAGAAGAAGAAAUAGUGUAUGUCGUUUAAACUUGAUGCUUGAUUUAACGGCCAUCUGACCAGUAAGCGGAAGAGUUCAAGAGGGAAUCACUAUGGUUGCUCGUAGUGGACUUAUUGUACCAUAACUGUAGAUUCUGUCGUGUUCAGUGUACUUCAUGGAAGUUGUGGUAACCAGAAAAAGAAAACUGUGGCACCUGCAGUGUCUAUGUCGGAGCUUACCGAUUCGUACACUCGAAACAUAGUUCCUUUUGAAGGGCUUGUAUAUGUCUCUGUCCCCUUCUCGACGUCGGUGGACAUGUACUUUGAUACCCGUAUAGGAGUUCCGAUUUCUUCAGUA